GCAAGACAUAGAUGAUCCCCCGCGCGAGACAUGGCCUUUGUCAACGGCCGCUACGUCCGUGGUACAUCUUAGAGAGGUGCUGCUUCCACGAUGCAGGGGCAGAUAUCACUGACAACCUCCGCGUUACGCAAGAUGAGAUUGCACGACAUGCUGCAGGAGUCAGCAACCUCACGAUUUUCAAAGCGCCGAACCACCAAGAGCCCUUCGAAAAACAGCGGAUCUCUGGAUUGAAUUCUCGGCGGAUGGACCAAGUGGGACUGAAGCGCUUCGAGCCCUGCCCUGCAGGCUACACAUUUGUGGAUGCAGACGUUGGGGGUGGUGCAUUUGCUCGGGUGUUCCUCGUGCGGAAUGAAGCUACCCACGAUCUGCAAGCGAUGAAACGAGUGGACCGAGUGAAGCUCAGCAAGCACUUUCAGAUCUCGGACGCAGAGGCCGAGAAGAUGGUGGAGCAGGAGUUUUGGAACAUGCAACGGACCAACCAUCCGCAUAUCAUCAAGUUAUUUGAUUUCUUUCAGGAUGAGCGUUAUGCGUACUUUAUCAUGGAGUCUGUGAACGGCGGAACACUGCGGCAAUUGAUCACAACCCUCGUCGAUGGCAAAGGACCCCGCAUCAGUGAGGGCUACGUGGCCGAGCUCCUGCACCAGGCUCUAUAUGCAUUGCGUCACCUGCAUCACGAAUCGCGUAUCCACAAGGACGUGAAACUAGAGAACCUGAUGCUGCUGGCCAACAGUGGUCCGCCCCAUUUGGUGUUAAUCGACCUGGGGGUGGCAGAGACACUGCAGCCGCAGGGUGUUGGCCCAAUGCCGGCUGGCACACCUCAGACAAUGGCACCAGAGGUCAUUGAUUGUAUGCUUGGCGAACGCUCAAGUUUUGAUGACCGAUGUGACAUCUUCAGUCUGGGUAUUGUUGCGCACCAACUAUUCACCGGAGAUGUACCUUACAAAGUGGCCUAUGCUGGCGGAAAGUCAUAUGGACCCGUUGACUACAAAGCCACACGCGCCAACAUGGAUGCAGCGGACCUCACAGCUCAGCUGAGCGUGUCGCCUGGUGCCCUGGAUUUCGUUCGUCAGAUGCUGCAGCUGGAUCCGGAGAAGCGACCGAGCAGUCUGGAGUGCUUGGAACACCCAUGGCUGGUGGAACGCUGCGAGCGACGGCGCAUCCGCAGACUGCGGGCAGAGGGUCGCACCUCUUUGGGAGGUGCUUCCUUGUCAGUUGAAGCAGAGGAGGCUGCAGGGGAAGAGUUGCUGAUGAUGGAAAGGCGGCGCAUUUGCAAAGCUCUCGUGCGCUUUGCCAAGCGGACUCCCCUGCAACGAGCUGUUGCAUACCACUUGGCGGCUUACCUUCCAGUUGGGGAUCUACGAAGAGCUGCAGAUAGUUUCAAGAGAGUGGACCACAGCAAAAGUGGUCACAUUUCUUACGAUGAAAUUGCAAGAGCCCUUGAGGAGGUGCUUGGGAUUGACCGUGAGAACGGUUUGCUGGUUGCUGCGGCCAUGGACACAGACAAGUCUAAGCAGUUAGAUUUUCAGGAAUUUUCGGCUGCUUUGGCCAUCGUUUCAGGAGAACGAGAGCAACGUCUUUUUGACAAGCUGUUGGCAAAGCUACAGAUUUGCCCAGACCAAGACCUCACUCUGGAGCAGGUUCAUCAUGGAGUGCAGCAAGCAAUGCGACAGGAGGUGACGCGAGAAGAAAUUGUGCAAUGGUUGAGCAAGGUGGCAAGAAGACAGCAGAAGGAGUUGUACGAUAAUCCUACAGGAAUUGUCUCCAACGCAGACUUCAGAAAGCUCUUCGGACAGCGGAGUUUGAAACGAGCAGAGGACCAAGCUGGAUGAGAUGAGCAAGGCGGAGCGUUGAUGGCGAAAGGUUGCAGGAAACCGAACUGAUUUGCGAGGCCAAAGCUUGGCAAGCAGAGAAAGGUGUGGCUAGUGUGUGCUAAU